AUGUACUCGGAGAUGUCAACAUCUUCACCGCUUCCGAAGACUCUGUCGCCUUUAAUCAACUAUGGGAUCAAUCUGAGAGGUAAAGCUUGCAAAGAUAUUAGAGAAUCAGUUGUAGGGUUAACAAAGAGACUCGCACAAACAGCUCAAGAAACAUUUGGGGAUUUCGAAGAAGCUGUUGAAAAAGAUGCAACAAAAACAGUUGUCUCAGAUGGAACAUUUCAUCCUCUCACAAGCUAUGUCAUCAACUCUGUGAAAUUUUUAUUUGAGUAUGUCAAAUUUCGAUUUUACCCUUACCAAAUAUACACUAUCAGGAACCUGAAAAGAAACACUUUCUUACAUAACUUAAAAUUGGUUCAGCUAGCAGUCGACAUUGAAGCAAUUGAUGAUCAAUCUGAGGCUCUAGAAAUAGAAAUCACCCCAGCUCCAAAUGCAAUACUAUCUCCAGAAUCAAUAAACAACCUGGAAUGUGCAGGAGAUUACAUCAAAUCGUCGUUGAAACAAACAGAUCGCAAGGAGGCAGGCGAUGGCGAUGGUUCGGUUAUAUUGUCGUCUUAUGAUUCUGGUCUCAUCAAUUGGUUUAACAUAAUUCUUUGCUUAAAGAUGCAUUGGAUUCUCUUUGGUUUACUAAUUCAAAUUUUAUGUGAUUCUGUUCUUUGGCCAAUAGUUGUGCAUUGGAACAGAAUCUUGUUGAUCUUCCAGAAGAUCAAGCAGAGAAAUAUUGUGAGGAAAUCUCUUUAUUUUAGCUCAGAUGGCUAUUGCAAAUGGUGGAGAUUGGCAAAAGGAAGUCUAUCAAAAAGAUGUUGCAUAUGAAAGUAGAUUUGUGUAAGUUUUGCCAUAUGUUAUGGUCCAACAUUAUGUAGAUUUACUUAAAAUUUUGUUGUAUUGCUAGCUAAGUUUUGUAGUUGUAUCUUUGCAAGUAAAUGAUGAUAAAGUAAAGUCUGUACUUGAGCUGAUGGUGGCCGUGUUAUAGAAAGCA